AUGCCAGGAACAAAAGCUACGAUCCCACCCGAGAUCGACAUCCCCAACGCAGGCAAGUCCGAGCAGUUCUGGAUCGAAAGCGACUACUCGGACAAGACUCGCUUCUGGGCUAAACGCUUCUACCCCACCGACUCAGCCGCCGGCGAAGAGGAGAUUCAACCUAAAGCCACCACCAUCUUUAUUCAUGGCUUUGUAGAAUACGUCGAUCGAUAUCGCAACAUCUUCAAGCUAUGGCCUAGUAAAGGUCACGAGAUGGUCGGCUUUGAUCAACGUGGGUGGGGUAACACUUGGAGCAACUCGGCUGACCCCUCCAAGAACUACGGUAACACCACAUGGCCACAGCAGUUUCAGGAUCUCGAGUUUGUCAUUCGUCACACCCGUGAACGAUUGGAUAAGCGAUGGGGCGUGAACAAAGUGCCUAUCUUCUUGUUGGGACAUAGUAUGGGCGGAGGUAUCGUGACAGCUUUCCACACUCGCAGCGAUGAGUGGAUCCAACAGCACGGUGGUAAUGGUCCCUCACAAGAGGCGAAGGAGAUGGUUGCUGGCGUAGUGGCUUGUGCUCCUUGGCUGACGUUGACAAACCCUCCGCCCUGGUUUGUCGUCUGGGGCGCUACAAAGGUGCUUUCGCUCAUCCCUGAAAUGCACUGGAGUGUGGAUUUGCUCGGUAAGAACAUCUCUAGAGAUCCCCUUGUCGCACACAAUUUCGAGAACGACCCACUGUCAGACAAGAAAGUCUACCUCAAGGCAAUCCAGGGACCGCUCAAGGGUGGUAUGGACAUUGUAGAGAAGGCAUAUAAACACUGGCCCGAGUCGAAACCUCUGCUCGUUAUUCACGGUACCGCUGAUCUUAUUACAAGUCACAAGGGUUCGGAAAUGCUUGUCGAGCGCGUCAAUGCCAAGGAUAAGACGCUGAAGCUGUUUGAUGGAUACUACCAUGAUCUGCUGAAUGAGCCAGGUCAGGACAAGGUCGUCGUUGGCGAAUACGUGAUCAACUGGCUCAACAGCCACUUGUGA